AUGAUCACCAAGGGCUUGAUUGACAUGAGGACUUUGGCUCUGGAUGUUUUCACCGGUGGCUACAGAGAGGGAUUGAAAAGAACCAGCCUCCUCCUCCUAAUGUCUUUCUUCCCAAGCCUCUUCCUCAGUGCCUUGCUGCUACUGUACCUCCUCUAUACUUUGGCAUGUGACCCCGCAGUCUCUGGGGGGGUUGCUGCCCUCCUUGGAGUGGUAUUGACAAUUGCCCUCUUCUUUUCACAGAGGGUACGGUGCUUGGUCACGCUAUUCAUCAUAUCUAUUUUCACCAAGAAGACUCGCAGUCUGCUGCUCACAGCUGGAACAAGUUUAGUUGUCCUCGGGAAUAUUCACAACACUUUGGAGAACCUCACAGGCUUGGUCAGGAGCAUGAUUUGUAACCUGAGGGCCAAGAAGGCAUCCGUCAUUGCACCUUUCAGAAACUAUGUGGACAUGUUGAAAUGGCUGGCUGACAUAUUACGAAGGGUGAUGGACCUCGGAGUGGUCCAGCUGGACUCCCACCUCAACAUUACACCCAAGGUGGACUCAGAACAUUUUAAGGAUCGACUCACCCAAGCAGAACUAAAGCUUAAUCAAAGUGUUCACUAUGCAGUGACCUUUAUAAACACAGUCUCCUCUGUGAAGGAAUGUGUUUAUCCAACCAUCAGCUUCCUCGUGCUCGUGAUCUUUAUAGGCUCACACAUAAGAAAUUACUGCUGUGACAUCAAGUACAAAAAUAAUUUCAUCAGCAACAAAUUCAUUCAAUUUGACAAGAAGCAGAAGGCAGAAGGAAAGCAACAUCUUCUUCCCCUCACUUCAGAAGAGGAGAAGCUUUACCCCUCUCUCCCUUCGCUCCGUCCCACAGUGCAGGAAGGAAAAGCUCUAUUCAAAUUCGGCAUUCCAGUCAUGUCUCAUUUGUUUUUUUGGGUCAUAUUCAUAACCGUGGAUGCCCUGUUGUACUGUUUUGUUACUAUUAUAACAACCAAGCUAUCAGAGAUGGAACCAUUCCACGUGCCUCUUUUGUUGCACCUCAAAGGUGGUGUGACCUUAAUUGGUGUACAGCUGGGUGAGGAGGAGAACCACCAUCAGGACUUUUCUUUUUCUAUUACACUGUUUGAGAAGCAGUGCCUCCCCAAACCCAAACUGCUACUCAACAACUCUGUUGUCUCACUGGCUGGCAUCCUGCUGACCUUGCUUAUCAUGGCCCCUGUGGCGGCCAAGGGACUCCAGAUCAGGCUCAUGGUGUGCGAGAGAUUCUACUGCACUGCUGCAGAGGAGAGGAUCAGGUACCUGCAUGCCAAAAUUCUGAGGAAGAGGUUAAAAAAGACGAGGGAGAAUGAAAACAACAAUAUUUUUAAAGCACUCAUCACUAAGCUACAUUUUUGGUGUCCAUUGCUUUUCCCAGAAGAGAUUGUGUGAGGAAGGUUUUUCUUCAUCCACUAUGGUGUUCUGUUGGUGACUUCAUAUCUAAUAUUAACUGGAGUUGGUCACUUACAAAUAUAGAAGGAACUUUAAUCUCAAGGUAGAUUAAAGAUGUUUUUUUUUUCUUUUUUUUAACUGAAAUCUUGCUUGGAAUCAUCUUCUUUAUGAGAAUUGAUUUAAACAGCUUGAAAGAUAUGUAAUAAUUCUGACAAAAACAUGCAAAUACUGUAGUGACUGACUUCAACACUUUUACAUAAUGCAUAUUUUUCAGACAUUCAAUUAGUCUGAUACUGUACUUAUUAUGUCAGUUUGGGUCAGCAAUGCCAUCACUCUAUUUAAUUUAAUUAAUGUUAUGACAGGGACAUGUUUUUCUUGAUGGAUUCGGCCUCAUUCAUGGAACGACAUAAUUGUAGCUGACCUUAUGGU